AUGCGUUACGCCAUUACGGCAAGAAAUCGUCUGGCCAUAUCGUUAAGAUACAUUGGAAUAGGUUAUUCGUACAGAUCCUUAGAAUUUCUUACCAGAGUUCCAAGGAAAACGAUAAGCCGAUUUAUGCCUGAAUUACUUGGUGCCAUUUACGAUGCCCUUCAUUUAUCGUAUUUGAAGACUCCUCUAUCACAACACGAAUGGCUUAAGGUGGCCCAAGAAUUCGAAAACAUAUGGGACUUUCUUCAUACCCUUGGUGCUAUCGAUGACAAGCACGUCCGAAUGAAUGCACCCGCUGACUCCGGAUCGGACUUCUUUAAUUACAAGGGUUUCUUCAGCACUGUUCUUCUGGCUGUUGUGGACGCUCAUAGAAAAUGUAUAGAUAUUGACGUCAGUGGAAAUGGAAGAAACGACGGCCUUAUAUAUAAAAACAGCACCUUAUACCAAGCGGUAUAA